AUGUGCAGGGCGGCAAGGCGGGGAGGGGGUGUGAGGGGGCGGGGCCUGGCGGGUCGGGCCGUGCAGGCGACGCCGCGUCUGGAGCGGCCGUGGUCACUCCCGCCGCAACCACGGCGACGCGAGCACGUAAUGCGCGCACGCUCCGCGAGCUACGCCACGCACGCACGCGCGCGCUGCGCUUCCCGCGCGCAAACACGCGCCAGUUAUGUUACCCUGACUAUCUACGUUGGAUGCGUUAACAUUUCGGGUGGGUCGAGGAGAAUUAUGCGUGGGGCGUGCGCGUGCGCGGUGGUGUGCGCAUUGGUGGCGUUGUGCGCGGCUUCCGGGCUCGACGAGGCGACGCGUGCCGCCGCCGAGAAGCAGUUGUUGUCGCUGCUGGGUCUGCCGCGCCGCCCGCCGCCGCAGAACCAGCCCCGCCCGCCCGUACCCACGCCGAUGCGUCUACUCUACGACCGAUCCCCCACCAUACCGGCUGCGGCCGCGAACACGGCCAGAUCCUUCUACCACACUCCCACCGAGCUCGACCUGCGGUUCCCGUCUGAACACCGCUUUCGACUCUUCUUCAAUAUAACUGGGGUUCCCUCCGAUGAAGUCGCUCGAGGUGCGGAUGUCACCUUCCAACGCUCUUUUGGUGUUACUGGAAAGCAGAGGCUUCUACUCUACGACGUAGUCCGACCUGGCCGUCGAGGGAAGAGCGAACCCAUUCUAAGACUGCUCGAUUCUGUCCCGCUCCGACCGGGUGAGGGAUCGGUGACAGCCGACGCUCUUAGUGCAGCAAGACGGUGGCUCAAAGAACCGCAGCACAAUCACGGACUAUUAGUGCGGGUUAUAGAGGAGGGCGCUGGUAAUGAAAAUGUCAAAUUCCCACACAUUCGAGUGCGACGACGUGUCACGGACGAGCACGAGGAGUGGAGUGCACUCCAACCUCUUAUGAUGCUCUACACGGAGGAUGCUAGAGCUAGGAUGGCUAGGGAGCGGGGAGAGACUAGUUUAAGUCGAAACAAGCGAGCGACGCAGAGGAAAGGCCACCGGCCCCACCACAGGCGCAAGGAGGCCCGUGAGAUCUGCCAACGGCGACCUCUGUUCGUGGACUUCGCCGACGUGGGCUGGAGUGACUGGAUCGUUGCUCCGCAGGGUUAUGAUGCGUAUUACUGUCAGGGGGACUGUCCCUUCCCCCUAGCGGAUCAUUUGAACGGUACGAACCACGCGAUCGUACAGACUUUAGUGAACUCAGUGAAUCCGGCCGCCGUGCCGAAGGCGUGUUGUGUGCCCACGCAACUCUCCCCUAUUUCCAUGUUGUAUAUGGACGAAGUGAACAAUGUGGUGCUUAAAAACUAUCAGGACAUGAUGGUGGUGGGGUGCGGCUGCCGAUGA